AUGGACAACAGCCCAAGAAUGGAACGAGUUGCUCAACAAUUGGGAGGCUCCUUUACCAUUUCAGUUUGGGAUAAACAGGUGGUAAAAGUAAGUACGACGAGAGAGACAACCACGUACACGAAGUCGACAAGUACGGUCUGCUUAACGCUGCUCUCAGAGGGAGGCGUAGGCCCUACGCCAUGUCGUCGACGUCGACAGUUUUGGAUCGAAGAGCCAAUGUUUUUCGAACCGUACCUUCAAUUCGACGGCUAUUGUUCGCAAUUCGUCAUCCAACCGACCAACGUUUUCCAGCUGGAAACGACUGCAGCGCCAUCACUGGAUUUCAGAAAUGAUCCAUUUCCCGGAAACGACGAUGAGUACGAAUCGUCCGCUGAAUUCCACUUGCCUUACUUGCCCCAGUCAUCUUUAUGGAUGUCCAGCACCGAUUUUAGACCUAAAAUCUACUUCAAGCAUGGAGACGCAUUUUCUAUGGGUGGGUACAGAAGAGGAGGAAACCGCAAAACGAGUAAGAAGACAACAAUCACGUUCACCAGAACGAAAUUAAUAACAGAAACGGAAAUGUCUACAAAGACCCACACGCUCGGGAUAUCUGGUUGCACGCCCAAGCCUCUGUAUUACGACAUCUGUCCGUAACGAUGUUCUUGUUAACUGUUACCUUACAAUGUCC